AUGCUUUCACCGGAACAACGCCUUCUUGCCCAUGUUCGCAUCCUCCGCGAUCGAGACCAAUCUUGGGACACCGACGAGGCAGCUCUCACCCCAUUCGAAGCCUUCCUUGCAGUGAUUAGAGAUGGACGGACAUAUCUCUUCAUGGUCAUCUACACCUCGAACUGCUUGGCCUUGACCGUUUCGUACUUCAUUCCGACCAUGCUUCGAGGAAUGGGUUACACAAGCACCAGUGCCCAAUGGAUGACGGUACCCAUCUGGAGUUGUGGUGCCGUGUUUCAGCUGUUCUGGUCCUGGACUUCUGACAAGACCGAAGACCGAAGAUGGCACAACGCUGGUCUUCUCGCUUUCGCCGGAGUUGCUACUUUAGUAGCUCUUCUUGUCAGCAAUAGCGCAGUCAAAUAUGCCAUGCUAUGCCUGCAGACUGGUGCGAUGUACACAACGGUUCCUCUAAUUCUCAACUGGACAAGCGAGGUCAUGUCCCAACCAGCACGCAAGCGAUCGAUAGCCAUCGCGCUGGUCAACUCCUUUGGUCACACGAGUUUCAUAUAUGGCAGCUUUCUGUGGCCCAGCGCUGAGGGACCACGCAACUUGAAGGGAUUUGCCGUAUCGACUGCCGUUCUAUGGCUUGGCGUGUUGAUCGCUGCAUUGAUGCCAGUGGUUGCGAACUAUUUGCCGAAGCCGCGAUCUGAUGGGGUGUUGCGCGGACAUGAGGUCCACCUUGCUGACAACGACUCGGAGCAACUCAAGAAACGGGAUGAAUAA